AUUUACUAAGUUAUUUAUAGAACGGCAUAUAAUGGCAUGGCGUGAAGAAGAACGCCGGAUUAAAAGGAUAAAACCAGUGAAUAAAGCAUUGUUUGCCAGCAUGCAAGUUAAUGCAACUUAUGCAAGUUAGCACUACUGGUGAGAUGCACAGUGCAAAAUACAUUAAACGACGAUGCACGAUGUACAUAAAAAUUAAAUAUCAACAUGCAGAUGUUUGUUGAACACCCUGACAGCUGUUUAAAGCAAAGUGUUGUUUAAUCGGGCUGGUUUUUUUUUUGCUGUUAGUUAUUUUAGGUACUGGGUAAGAUGGAUCAAUUGUAAUCUUUUUAUUGGUGCAUUAGAGCUGCUAAAAAGAAGAUCAGUAUCAGAGUCCUUUCUGUGCCAUACUGAUGGACACGUUAACAAUUUUCACAGUGGCUGUGUAAAAACAGACUAAACUGCUGACUGGCUUUCAGCUUUCCUUAAUUGUCUGAUGACCCUGGAGUUUUUGAUCAGUAGGCCUAUUUCUGAUGAGGUGGUAUGUAUUGAUUUGCUGUUUUUUUUUUCUUCCUAUGCAGUAUAGGUACGCUACCUAUGAACUUGCAGUCUGUAAUGCUCAUUUGUUUUCUGUUGAUGCACUGGGAGUUCGGUCCGCAGGAAAACCAGUUGAAAACCACUCAUGCACAUGUACCUCAGCUGCCUAAAUCUGACACAUUGCAUGAGUGCAGGCUAUUUCACCGUCAUCAAUUUAAGCACCUCCCCCAGUCACAUAUAGACGGAAAGCACUUACAUGCUGAAAUCAGAUCUGCUUCUAAAUGAUUAAUGCUAUGCAUACUGUACUAGAGUCCAUAUUUUUGCAGUCAUAUAUUGUUUAUUACAGGCUGCCAGAGAAAUCGUUGUAACUUAUGCAGCAUCACCUAUUAUAAUCUGUAGGGAAAUAUACAAAGUGAACACAGCUUGAGCUCACAUUAAUGUAAAUUUAGGCCUGCAGUAAAUAUAAAAUGCAUUCAGUGACUACUGAUAAACAAGACAGAAGCCAUUCAUUCAAAGAUGAUCACAGUUUCCACUUUUUUUUCACGUAAACAGAAGAAGACUGACAUCAAUUUUGCUGAUAUGACAUUAACUUAUUUCAGUUAACACUAAAGUGUAGCUAAACAGAAAAAGGCAUGGUGGAAGCGCGUUUUAAAAUCAUCAAAAGGCAAGCACAACCGCAGCAAGCAGCCCACUUUGAGCUUUAUUUAUUUAUUUAUUUCGCGCUCUCGUGGUGCCUCCUCUGAUGGGACAGUCUAAAACACUGACUGCAUCAGAGCCGCUGCUGAUCCUCGACUCAUUCGCUGCUGACUGACCGGAGAGCGCCUGCCUUCGACUCGCAGCUUCACAGCCAUGGAUCUCACGAACGACAAACCGUCUUCCAUCCGAAAGCGCCUUUUGGUAACUUUGCUGCUCGUUUGUUCGUUUCAAGCGUCCCGAUCAAAGCGAGUAUUCAAAUGUCCUUCAGGAUGCACUUGCACGACGGAUUCAAUCAUCUGCGUGGGUUCGUCUCUCCUCCCACGGACUGUACCGAGCGACAUCAACUCUCUGAGUAUUGUCAAUUGCAGUUUCCCAGAAAUCAAGGAGGCUAUGUUCUCGCUCAUGCCCUCACUGCAGUUACUUCUCCUUAGUUCUAAUGCGUUUUCUGAAAUCAAGGAGGAUGCGUUCUCAGGGCUUCCUCAUCUUGAGUAUUUAUUUAUUGAAGGGAACAAAAUUGAAGAGAUAAACAAAUAUGCCUUCAGAGGUCUUCGUGAUGUUACACAUCUAUCAUUAGCAAACAACAAUUUAAAAACACUACCCAGGGGUCUCUUUUCUGAUCUGCGCUCUUUGAUUGAACUAGAUCUACGAGGGAACACGUUCCAUUGCGACUGUGAGUCCAUGUGGCUGAUGCUGUGGCUGAAACGAUCCAAUGCCACAAUCUCUGAUGUUUACUGUGCCAGUCCACCUGGCAUGAAGGGCGUCCCAUUAAAGGAUGUCCCAGAAAAACACAGCAAGUGUGUCUCCACCGAUUUUGUGCAGCACCAAAUAGUGAAUACUCAAUCAAUGUCAGCAGACAUCUUCUCUCACAAAGAUGAUAUAUAUGUGGCUAUGGCAGUUCCAAAUUCAGACAGCUGCAUAAUCAUGGAAUGGGAUCACAUUGAGACUAAAUUCAGGCCUUUUGAUAACAUCACAGGUCGGUCCGUUGUUGGAUGCCGGUCUGUUCUGAUCAACGAGCAGGCAUUUGUCAUUGUCUCCCAACUCUUCGACGGUUCCCUUGUCUACAAAUAUGACCAAGCACAGAAUAAAUUCACCAAGUUUCAGGCGGUCGAAAUGCUCAAUGUGUCCAAGCCGAAUGACAUCGAAGUCUUCCAGAUUGGAGAUGACUGGUUCUUCCUAAUUGUGGACAGUUCCAAGGCUGGAAUGACAACUCUGUUUAAGUGGAACGACACUGGUUUCUACCCGUAUCAGUUCCUUCAUGAAUGGUUUCGUGACACUGACGCUGAGUUUUUUGAUUUGGACGGCAAAUCUGUUCUUAUCCUUGUGAGCCGCUCCCAGGUUCCUGUUAUCUACCAGUGGAACAAGAGCACCCAGAAGUUUGUUCUCCAUCACGAGAUAGCGAAUAUGGACGACAUUGUCAGCGUGAAGGCCUUUAGAAUAAACGAUGUUCCCUACCUUGCGCUUGCCUGCUACAUCGGUGACUCCAAAGUCAUGAAGUGGAUGGGGAAACACUUCGAAGAAAUACAGGGCUUGCCUUCACGGGGCGCCACAGUGUUACAGCCAAUCAAGUUCAAAGACCAGCACUAUUUGAUUCUGAGCAGCGAUUAUUCCUUCUCCCAGAUCUUCAGGUGGGAUGAGGAAAACCAGAAGUUUAGCAAGUUCAGGGAUGUGUACGUUCAGUGGCCACGCUCCUUCACAGCACUGUCCACAGACCAUCGUGAUUUUGUGCUGGCCACCAGCUUUAAAGGCAAAACGAAGGUCUUUGAGCACGUUUCAGUGGAUUAUAGCAAAUGAGGCAUAUGCUGUUAUUCAUUGCAUCUGGGUAAAUGCUAAAAUAAAACUCUGUUCUUCAAUAUAUGCAUACAAAUAACCAUAAUAUUUAUGAAUGUAAUGUUUCGUCAACAAAAAGGCCAAAACCAGUGCACAUGCCUAUCUUCUGUCUUGCAAUAGCUAUUUAUGCAACAUUUUCUAUAAAGGGUUAAACCAACAAUCCUCUGCUGCUUAAUUCAUUCAGACCUUCAGAAAAUACCUGACUGUUUGAUUAUAUCAGGGCCCUUUUAAUUAAUUUCUUUGUGAUAUAUCAGGUUCACCAAAGGUGCUCCGGCUUCAAUCCAAAAGACUGUGGACUUGUCGGCUUCAAGCUAAUUUAUCCUAACGAACUGGUUUGACUUUAUGCAAGCAUGUUUUUGAUGCUGAGUAGUAAUAAUAUUCAAUAGAGACCCUCCGUGUUAUUGCCUUUGAUGAAUGGAAGUCUUAGAUUUUUAUUUUUUUUUUAACAAUGGAUGAUCCUUUAUUACCGUAGCUGGCCAAGGAUUGUACUGGAUGUACUUUUGAAAAUAUAUUAUUGAUAAUAAAUAAAACAGCAUCUUCUAUUCAA